AAAAUUAAUAGUAGGAUGACUUGGACGAUUCCUAUUGGUUCAUUCCCCUGCGCUUAUUACAGACGACAACGUCUGAGCUCACUCGCAACAAAUUCCCCGAAAAAAACAGGGCUCCUGAGAUCGACGGCACAAAACCCACCUCAGCGGCUCCUAUGAAUAUCAAGCGUUGGAUUAAAAAUCCAAUCGUGAACCGUCGGAUGAGAUAGCUACCAUGAUCUGACCGUUAAAAAAUCUACAAAAAUUGAAUUUCAAAAGCUAAGCCAGAGAGAGGGAGGAAGAAGAGACUUUUAAAGCCCACAACCCCUCUUCUCUUUCGAAAAACAAAUUCCCCUUCCCCUUUCUUUUUUUGUCCUCCCUAUCACGAUUGUUGAGAUAUACGUACACGCAUUUGUAUCUAUCUAUCUAUCUAUCGGGAUCGAUUGUUUUUUCUGAUUGAGAACGAACAGCAGCCAAUUGUUUGGGGUUUUUUUUUGUUGUUCUCCUCUUCUGUUUGAAUCUGAGCUCGUGCGAGUAAAUUAUUUGGAGUUUUGAAUUUCUAAUUUCUCGAUUUUUCAGUUUCGUUAGGUUAUCAAUGUGAAAUCAGUGUAAUUGGGGGAAAAUCAGUGGAAUUCGAGUUUGAUUUAUUUGAUUUUUUUUUUUACCCUCUAUUACUUGAGGAGGUGGUUUGUUUGGUGAAUUGUUUGUUCUAUUGCUUCGGGUUUUGGGGGAGAGAAAAAUUAAUUUAAUGGAGCAAAGAGAGGGAGGGGAUUUCCCUCCAAAAAAUCAGCCGCCGCCUCAAUCGGAAGCUUCUUCGACGGCGCCAGCGGAUUUCCCGGCGAGGAAGCUUGUGAGGCAGCUGGAUUUUACCGGCUUUAGUGGUGGCGCCGCCGCAUCGACUGUGGAACAGCCACAGUUAGCGAAGCCGCCGCCGCCGCCGACGACGCAGAAGCAGACGCACCUUCAGCCGCCGACGCAGAUGCUGUUUACCGCGAUGCAGCAGCCUCCGCCGCCUGCUGCACCACCCGCUCAUCCUUUCAUGCGUUCUGUCGCGAAACCCGAAUCACCAAGAGCCCGGCCAAGACAAAAUACGAAUGAAGUAAAAGAUGCUACUCCGAAGAAGCAAAAGCAGUGUAAUUGCAAACAUUCACGUUGUUUGAAGCUAUAUUGUGAAUGUUUUGCAUCUGGUAGUGUCUGUUGUCCCGGUUGCAACUGCGUGAAUUGUCACAACAAUGAUUCAAACAAAGCUGCCAGGGAUGAAGCAGUUAAUACUACUCUCGAGCGCAACCCGCACGCUUUCAGGCCAAAAAUCGCUAGCAGUCCACAUGGAGCCCGAGAUAUCAGGGAAGAGGUGGGUGAAGUUUUAGUUUCAGCAAAGCAUAACAAAGGAUGCCACUGUAAGAAAUCAGGGUGUCUUAAGAAGUACUGCGAGUGCUUCCAGGCAAAUAUUCUUUGUUCCGAAAAUUGUAAAUGCAUCGACUGCAAGAAUUACGAAGGGAGUGAAGAGAGACAAGCUCUCUUUCAUGGAGAUCAUGUCAAUAACAUGAUGUAUAUCCAGCAAGCGGCAAAUGCUGCCAUUACAGGUGCUAUCGGAUCUUCUGGCUAUGGCUCUCCUCCAUUGACCAAGAAGCGUAAAAAUCAAGAACUCUUCUUUGGAUCGACUGUGAAAGACCCUGUUCACAGGCUUACACAGUUACAGCAGCAGGCUAACCAAAUUAAGGCUUCUGUAUCUUCCUCUUCAUUGUCUUCAAUACCUGGUUCUCGCCCUGGCAAUACGUCGGUUUUGAGCCCUUCAAAGUUAACUUAUAGGUCUCUAUUAGCUGACAUCAUUCAGCCCAAGGAUUUGAAGGAGCUCUGCUCAGUUCUUGUUGUAUAUUCAGGAGAAGCUGCAAAGAUGCUUGCAGAAGAAAAGCUAGCGGAAGAUUCUAGAGAAACAUCUUCGUUUGAGAAUCAGACAGAGAAGAACAAGAAUGUAGAGUCUGGUUCAGAUGAAGUACCGAAAGGAAGGCCGAUGUCUCCAAGUACAUUAGCUCUAAUGUGCGAUGAAGGAGAUACAAUAAUGUUCGAUACAACCAAUGCUAAUAGUGCUGCUUCCACGAAUGGCGUAGCUGUCCAUAAUAAUAAUAAUAGUAAUAAUAAUAACGUGUCUUCUCAGCUGUCAGACGAGCAAGGACCGAGUGAGGCAUAUUCCGAGCAAGAAAGAAUCGUUCUUACAAAGUUUCGAGAUUGUCUUUACAGGCUCAUCACUUUAGGCGAAAUAAAAGAAACAAAUUCUUUGGCGAGAACACAAACAGCUAACGAAAACGAGUUGACCAGAACUUUGAAUGUGAAAACGGAAACCCUAAGCAACGGUGUUCCGAAAUUUGCUUCUUCUUCUUCUUUGUCGGCGGUGGUAAAUUUAGCAGAGGGUGCAGCGGAUAAUGUGGCCAGUCUGAAAAUAACAGGUCCAGAAAACGGGGAUGUAAGAAAAAAACCCGAAGGAGAGUUGUAAUUGUGUUUAGGAGUAGGUGUCUGUCUCCAUAAUAUAUGGUAUAUGCUGCUGUUGCAUCUCUCUUGUAAUAUUUUAAGAGGCCAUUAUUCAUUGUGUUGAUUUCGGCUUUUUUCUUCGGUGUUGCAGCUUAUAUACUACUUACUAUAUAUAGAUGUCAUUCUUAGAACUGAUCUAAAUCUGAUGUAGAUCCUUUUAUGCAUUCAUUGACAUAUACCAAUUUCAGAUAUAAAAUUUCCAUUUUUUCUUUUA